AUGGCGCCUUCGCUGAACGCACACUCGUCCUUCACCCGGCCCCGGACCGGCGACCGCGAUGGUCGACCUACCACCCGUGAUCAGGGAGACAACAACCUCAUUAUCCCGAGCCGUACUUCCUCCCUUCACUCGCGCAUCACCCAGCCGAUUCCCUCGACCUUGAAUGCGAAGCCCCAGCAGCGCACCCCAAAGACGCUUACUCACGCCUACAUGGUAUGCGGUGUUGGCAGAGAACCUUCGCAAUGGGUCAAGGCCCCAGCCCCUGCACAGGGCAAGAUUGGCCACAUGAAGGGCGCUGUUGGUCAAUUCUGGCUGCCCGAGAUUCUUGGAAGCAGCCCGAGGUUGGAGCAAGACAACGAGAUCGCCAGGUCGUUGCACGCUGCCAUGCGGGCUUGCUUUCCCCACGACGUUGAGAUCUGCACUGGCCGCAGCCAGCCUCACUGCGUCCACCAUGCCUUCGUUCUACAGCAAGACUCGUCCCACACUUUGUAUGGAAUCUGUCUUCGCGUAUGGUCGCGAGCCGACGAGAAGAGGGCCGAGACAAUUCGGGAUCUGCGUAAAAGAACUGAACCAGACUAUUACGACAACCCCGAUGAGACUUACUGGAUUCCCUACUGCUUGUCAUUCCUGUCUCGGUACCCGCUGUACAACCUUCUUGGAGACUACUUGCGAGGCAUGUGGAUCCACUGGAACAAGGCUACUAACUUGUUCCACGCCGAGGAGGUCUCGCGCAUUCUCAGCUUUCCAGCUCCGAGACUCAACGACUUGGUUCGCAUUGACAUGAAAGAUUAUGCUCUUUGCUACCAAUUCCCCUCGUCGCCUACUGGCUUCCAGAACUUCGCCAUGUGGCCACUGUUCUGCUGCUUGUCCAUCCCCAACAUUGUGGGUGUCGUUGAGGCCGCCAUUUCACCAACUCGUCGCAUCAUCUUUGUCAGUCACUACCCGGCCAUGCUCACCAUGGCUGCAGAGACUGUUAGAUACUGCGUUCGCGUCUACGAAUGGAGUGGCCUCUAUGUCCCAGUUGUGCAUGCUCGCCAUGCCAAGGAUUUAGUUCAGGAGCCCGGUCCAUAUAUCCUCGGUGUCACGGCCGAGUGCCGCUCCUUGUUCACCGCGCCAACGGAUGCUCUGGUUGUUGACCUCGACCGCAACUUCGUUCUCACUUCCAGCCCCCCGACCGCACUCAACCCCAGCCAGCGUAACAAGUUCGUCACCCGCCUGACACAGUCUCUCAACGGAGAUGUGACUCCCUCCGGCGUUCCCCCUCAUCUCCGCUCCGCUUACGGUGGCGGCAAGCUCGUCCCCGCCGGCCAGAUCAUUGUUAUGCGUGGAGAAGUCGAGUCCAUCCAAGAUCCCGAAUGGUGGAACCAGGAUACUGUUAUGGCCGUCAUGGAUCAUGUCUGCGAGAAGAUGGGCCGCAACACGGGCAUCAAGGCUGUCUUUGGUGGCUCCGUCAAGAAGCCCUUGAUGACCAAGGUCUCGAUGAGACAUCUCAACGAGAUUGUCCGCGAGAGAAACCAGUACUCCCGUGAUGCUCUCGAGGCUUGGCAGGACUUCAUCAACCUGAAGGGCCGCAUGGAUACCGAGCUCAACAAGGUCACAAAACGCAACAACUAUCUCAACGAGGAGCUGGAGAGCUGGAAGCAGCAGUUCCUUAAGUUCCAGGCAUUUGCUGAACAGCUCACCAAGGAGACCCAGGAUCUCAAGGCCAAGAUCGAAACUCACAAGAGGGAGAACAGACGCCUUGCAGGUCUCAUUGAUCAGCAGAAGGAUGACAACGGUCGUCUCAAUGUCCGUCUCGGUGCUACUGAGAAGCAGCGUGAUGACGCUCUCGAAGCAUUGGUCCUCCAACAGGAGAUCGCCGAGGAACUCGAGCGCGAGCGUAAGCGGAACAAGAAGGAGCUUGCUGCUCUUCAGCACACCAACGUCACCAUCCUCAGACAGCGUGACGAGGCUCGCCGUGUUGUGCUGCAUCUGCGCAGCUUGAUUGGCGGCCAGAGCCAUCACAUGGAGCAUCUGGUUCAAUCUCUGACCAAGCCCGAUGACUUGGCGCACGAAAUCGAGGAAGGCUUCGAGCCAGAGAUGGGUGAGGAUGGCAUCACUCCCAGAGAAGCCGACGUCAACCAGGCCCGCCUCCUCUCUGCCGCCGCUGAGGCGAACAAGAGGCUCUCCACUUCGAGCUUCAAGGAUGUGGCCGAUCGCCACCUCAAGGACAAGACUGAUGCCAUCGCGCACAUUAUUAGAAACAUUGCCGAGCAAUGCCAGGCUGCCGUUGAGGGCCUGCAGUUGGCCCAAGACGCCGACUUUGAUGAGCGCUCUGCUAGCGCGGCACGCCUUCGCGCCCAGCGCCGUCGCAGCAACCUCUCCGCCACCCACAGCGAUGACGGUCACGAGACUCAGUCAAACGCAACAUCUGACAUGGGCGAAGAUAGCCUCCUUCACCCUGCUUCUGGUCGGAUAUCCAGCAUCCCCCCCACCCCGGACCUGGUCCCCAACCGGAGUAGCACAGCGAUGUCCUUCGCUUCCAGCGCUGCAACUCCCGAGCGCUCAAGUCAGCAGUAUAUGAUCCAUCAGGACAUCCCUACCAAGAUUGUUGAGGAUGAUGAGGACUUCGAGGAGGAUCGCAGCGAGUCCGAGACGAUGCCUCAGCAGACCGUCGGUAAGCACACCGACAGCCUGAUCCACCGUCCGUCUGGAGCACGCAUCAGCGCUCUUGGCGGUACCCGCUGA